GUGACAUCACAGCUCCCAAUGUGCAUCCUUUCACGGAAAGGGCAUCGCGAGCAGCGCGGCGCUGAAACAGGGCAGGCUGGGCUGGACGCUGCCUUCAGCAGCUCAGUCUAUCUGUGUGUGAUUUACUGAGAGGAGCUGCAGCUGCUUGAGCAGGGAUUCUGUAUAAAGAGCUCUCCUCUGCAACCUCCCUGUAAUGUGUUGCUGUCAGUGACAUUGAGAGUCUCCAGGUUCCUGUUCUCUGUGCUGACUUCAGAGAUUCGAGAUAAAGAAUGGAAUCGGCCUCUGGAGUCCACAUCUGCAGUCUGCAUCCCGACACAGUGCGGUGCUUCGCUCUCAGCAGCCUGAGGGCUUCGUGACUUCCUGUAAGAGCGCUCAGAGACGUUUUGGAGGACGAGGUGGUGGUGAGGCAGCAUUGCUGAGCUCAGAGCUUUCGCACUGUGGAGAACUAGCUUUCAAGGUGAACUCUACUGCACAGGUGGGGAUGUCUGACGGAGCUGAGCCCAGAGACUGUGAUGAGGCCUUUGAGUCAGAAGAGGGCGAUGGAGACCAGUUUUUGGAGGAGGAGGAGGACGAGGAGGAUGAGACAGAGAGCAGUAAAGAGCUCUUAGAGAGGCUGAGAGAGCUUGAGGCAGAAAACACAGCCCUUGCUCAAGCCAAUGAGAAUCAGAGAGAAGCUUACGAGCGAUGUCUAGAUGAGGUGGCCAACCAUGUGGUGCAGGCAUUGCUGAACCAGAAGGACCUACGGGAGGAGUGCAUCAAGCUGAAGAUGCGCGUGUUCGACCUGGAGAGACAGAACAAGACUUUGACGGAGCUCUUCACUCAGAAACUGCAUUCCACACCCAAUCCUUUACAACAGCUGCCGUCAGUAGCCUGUCCAGAGCACAGCUCGGAGGCCUUGGUCAUUGGCACAGAAAAGCUGACCACAUUCAGUUCUCAGGGGAAGGUCAAGAGCAAUGAUGAAUGCACACAGAACGGCACAGGAGGCUCCCCUCAAGCGUCGGCCUCCUCCAUGGAAGCCAUGUCUCCAUUCCUUAAAAAGAAAGCACACAUCCUGGAGGUUCUUCGUAAGCUGGAGGAGUCAGAUCCACUUAAGUUUCAUCCAUCAGCCUGCUACUACUAUCACGGACAGGCAUUGUUGCCAGGAGAGACGACUGUAGUGACUCCAAGCACACGUCAGCCCCACUGCCGACACUCCAGUUCAGAUUCAGAUAUUCAUGAGUAUGCUAAUGGAGAAGGGGCACAACAAGACAGCCGUGCGUCCUUGAGGUAUGGCGGUUGUCCGUCCUGUCGUAUUCUUUCUCAGAGAAGUAGCUUAGACAGCCUGCUUAAAUGUAACCAGGUAACCAUGGGCUCACAUUCUGGCAGAGAUGAGUCCCAGACAUCUUCAGAAGAGCACAGUGCUUCAGCACAAAGCACACAUCCACAGACAAAGAUGCCGGACAAAGCAAACCAACCCAGUACACACAACAGAGCAAAUGUUACUCAUUUCUCUCAGCCAAAAGCCACUGUUCCAUAUCUUUCUUCCCUGACUGCCGAUUCCUCUGAAAUAGGCGAGGAGCCAAAGCACGACAGGGACAAAAUAUCACCAACAAAGUCAAAGGGUGCUAAUAGUGGUUCUCAGGAUGUUAGGCAAUGUGACAGCAUACCAACUAGAGCUGAUGAGUGCCGUUAUCUGGAGGUUGCCACCGAUUCUGUGAAACAUGAGCAUGACUCCUCGGUCUGCAAUGGAGUCUUCUCCUCCAACGAAGCUUCGGUAUCCAAGAAAGCAUCUGUUGAGUCAUAUUCUCCGACAACUUCAGCAAUUGUGCAGCAGCAAGCCACAGGAAAAGGCAAGUUUCUACACAGUCCAACAUCUCCUCCCUCCUCGUUCAGCGAGUCUAAGCCAUCUCCUGUCUCUUCCCCAUCAAAGCUGCUCAAGUUCCUCAAGAUACCUUCAAUGGCGGAGAACACACCAACAGCCAAUGCCUUGCGCUUAAGUCCUCAGCUUACGCGCAGCUCAAAAAUUCCUUGUAGGAAUAAUUAUGAGGUCUACCAAUCACCCGUGAUGUCCCGCAAAGCUACCACAACAGAGCGAGAUAAACCAUCUUCUGCCUCCAAAACAGACACCUAUCCUGGUACACAUUCUGCCCCCACCUCCCCGCCAAAGCCUGAGGACACUUGUCCAUCCAUUCCCAUGAAAGAAUCAGGUUACAGUAGUCACUCAGCUCCGAAGCCAAGCAGGGCUUCCAAAGGCACAAGUCAAUCCUCCUCACAGCCUCAUAAAGGUACUCAGGUGCCUCACUAUGAAAACAUUUUAGAUCCCUCUGCUUCUCAUUCCAUAAAUGGAUUUCCCCAGAUAACCCCAGAGGAAAUGGACCUUUCUGACAAGCAGAAAAUAAGCUUGAGAGAUGAAAGGCUGCUAAGUCCACUCUCACUUAAAACCUCAGAUUCAUCAGCAACCACAGGUGAAUCUCCUUCCGACCCCUCAGACCAGGACACCGACACAGAAAGUCCAGUUUGGCAAAGGCCCCAGCAUCACUUCAGCCUGCCAACCUCAUCCUCUGCAGCAAACAAGGCACAAAGGACCAGUUACUCCAGCAUGAAAGACAGAUAUCAUGAGGCAGCUCAAAAGCAUGACCCUUCUACUCCAUCCCAAGCUGUGGCUAAGCGAAGUGACAAGCAGCCAUCGCUGCCAAAAAGGACUGUCACCAGCAGGCCUCAAAAUGAUUCAAGUUAUCAUCCUUUCAAAGAACGUCUGGCAGCCCUUGGCAAAUUGAAGAGCACAGAGGACCUCCAGCAGGCCGUAGAAAAGAGAGAAGUGCAAAGUAACAUGGGUAAAACCGGAGCAUCACCAGGGAACAAUGAAAGAAGCAAGACGGCAGAGCGCAUUGCAAUGGAACAGCGACAUUCAAAGUAUACAGAUUCACUUGAUGGGAAACCCUACCCUAAAACCAGCUUUGGCAAUUACUCCAAGGCCUCUGGUUCUUCCUCUCAUGAACAGAGCACUAAGCCAGUGACAGCAGAAAAGAAUUACAUAGCUAAAGUAGAGGGUCAAAAGAUCAAAAUGGGAAUGUCUUCUACAAGCUCUUGCGAAACCCCUGUUGUAAUGCGAAGCUAUGGAAAGUGCCCCAAUCCCCUCACCCACCACAGCAAAACGGUCCCAAGUCCUCAAAGCAGCCCUACUAGAGUGCAAUCAAAGUCCCCGUCCAAAGCUGGUAAUGCCUCCUCCUAUCCCCGAGGAAUGAAACCAGUUCAAGAUGAGCGCUCCCACCCCCAGAGGCACACAUCACGCGCUGAAGACAAACCAAAGCUCCUGGCUGGAAAGAAAAAGACCUUUGCACAUGUCGAUAACUUCCCACCUCCUCCUCCGCCAAGAACGGGAACAGAAUCAGCUAAUAUUAAGACUGUUGAAGAAAAACGACCUUCUGCGGCAGCUCCUGCUCCCCAGUCAGCCAUUGAGCAGAAAGUGAUGCGGGGAAUUGAAGAAAACAUGCUUAAGCUGCAGGAACAAGAUCGAGGCCAAGCUGCAGAAACAAAACAGAAGACUUCCAAUGGGAUAGCCAGUUGGUUCGGCCUGAAGAAAAGCAAGCUUCCGGCACUUAAUCGCAAACCUGAAAUGUCCAAGCUUAAGAUCAAUGUGUCGUCCUCUUCCGGAGCCAAGGAUGCCUCAGGGGCCAAAGGAGGACCCAGGAAGGUGGUGGAAAGCUUAAACAUCUCUAAGCUCAUGGAGAAGGCAGAAGAUUUAAGGAAGGCCUUGGAAGAAGAAAGGGCCUAUGUGAACAGGGUGGGGAUCGCUCUGGAUCGUCCCGGGAGAGGACACUCAUGUGAAGUGGUAAUGGACCAAGCACAGGGUCAGCUAUCGCUUAUGUACAGGGGAGUAACGGCUGACAGCUUCAUGCAACAGCUGCUGAAUAGGGUGGAUGAGACAGGAGCUCCGAGUUUUGGCAUAGUUCAUCGGCGACUUUCCUUCGACUCCAAGAGGUCCCGUCCUGUUUUCGGCCACCAGCAGAAUGGCAUCAGUCACACCAGGAGCCGAGAGGAGAUGGACAAAGGUUCAGACAUGGUCAGCCGUGACGAGAUCACAUCUGAUGAGAGCCUGGCGGAGUCCAUCAGCUCCCAGCACUUCACCGGCUCUGGUUCCUCAAUGCGCACUCUCGACAGUGGAAUAGGCACGUUCCCUCUGCCCGACUAUGCCAGCAGUGCUGCAGGGAAAGGUAUUCCCAAACCCCAGGGAGACCAAGGCUUCUCUACUUCUCAGGGAAAACAAGGAGCCCUGCUGAAGGCUCCUCGCAAAGCACGCACUCUGGAGAGAGAGCUUUCGUCUUUGGAUGAAGUGAACCCUUGUGUUCUCUACACUUCUCCUCUGGAGGCCAAGGGACCAGCCAUGCAUCUUUCUAGCACCAUCCACGAAGACAUAGACACCUAUGGAGCCCAUUUACAAGCACCACCUACCAAGAACUGGACUUUUCCCAACCUGAGAGGAUCAGCAGGUCCUGCAGACGUGUACCUGCAGGAGGACAUGGAGCCUCCCAGCCAAGGAACUCCAUCCAGACGGAGUCUGAACAAAGGUGUCCCUCAGGGUCCUCACGAAGCCGACCCCAGAAACCUCCCCCUCCCACCGCAGAUGGGCAUGAGUCGUCAGAGGAAGGGAAGGACUCACGGAGGUCCGGAGAUGUCCAAGGAAGGCGGCCUAGAGCUGGUGAAGGAGCGUCCAGAUGACAUUCUGUCCCCCAGUCGUCCACAAGCCUUGGAGACACCCGAGUCUCUCAGCGACUCUCUCUAUGACAGCCUCUCCUCCUGUGGCAGCCAGGGAUGAGUGAGAGAACUGACCAGCGUCAGCUAGCGUCUUAACGAUGAUGAACGUUUACCCUUUACUUUGCAGUGGAUCUCCAAACGCAGAGGCAGCGUGCUGACACUAAAGCCCUGCUGUACUGAUCUGAUAUCAGUUUCGGCCAUCGUUAGUAGGGAGCCUGAACUCAAAUGAUGCUAAAUGCACAUCAGAUAGAAAGAUUUAAAGAGAGAAGCUGCCUAAGCCCUCAGCAGUUCUCUGGGGAACCAAUAUUCCACAUUAUUUACCUUAAAAUACCUCUCCAUGAGUCUAUUUGUUGGUCUUAAUGAACCUGAAAUUCCUAAUGACCUUUCACGUGUUCCUCAGGACAACUGAUGGACAGACGAUCAAGAACAACGCAUUGGUUUAAAAAGACAUUCACAGACGUGUGCUUUUCGAGAGAAUGCAUGAUCUUGCCACAUCUGCUGGAAAACCUCUCGCUCUUGUGAAUAUCAAAGCAGAGGGCCUUGUUUGUUUUGUUCCAUGAAAAACAAAGGCCAUAAUCAAAUAAUUAGCUUUAUUAUUUAUUAUAACAUUUUAUAUGAUCUUGGUAAUUUAAUACAUCAAGAAGUCACAAGUUCCACCAUAACAUCUAAAUUCGGGACAGUUUCACUGUGUAAUUGAGGAGAAACAAGCACUGACUGGCUCAGAUCCUCCUGCUCGAAGUUGGAAGGCAGCAAAUCCCACCUCGUCACGUCUCGGUGGUUAGUUGAUUUGCUGGGAGAGGCAGGCUUGUGUUUUGGUUUGAUUGCUCCUCUUCCCCAAAUAGUGGGGCUGCUUCCAUAGCUGUGGCUUUGUUUCCCAUCUCGGCUGGAGGCAGGAGGCUAAAGCUAAUGGCACACUUUUCUUUCCGUUUAUCCUUUAUCACAGUUACAAAUCACAGGUUUAGACUUUUGGUGAAAGAAACCCUUUAGGCAGUCAGCUGUCAAAGUUGUAUUUGUGUCCAUUACAGAAUGCCAAAUGUCAAGGAUGCACAAUGACAUCGCAUAUUAGUAUCAUAUGAAAAACAUACCCCUUUGGACAGACUGAUAUUUCAAACCAGUAUUUUAGCAGAAUAUUUGUGUCGCUGCACUAAAAUAUCUACAUUUUAUUAGUUUUAUUGCAUUUGUAGGCUUACAGAACAACUCACAUUUCUCUGUAAUGCUAAUCCAGCUGGAUUUAGUCCUAAAUUUCUACAUUUUAUAAAUGUUUGUGUAUCAGCAUUGGUAGUUAGGCACAAGAAAAGUGUCUGAUAUCAUCCCACAGUUCACAUAAAGGUGCAUCCUGUUUACAUGUGGCUAUAUAACAGCUUAAGGGCUGCAUUCAGAAUCACUCUCCACUUGAGAAAUAGUGCACUAUAUAGUGUGUCCGCUAUGCCAGUUUUCAGUGGUAAAUCUUUUAGUGAGUACAUUAUAUAGCAAACACCAUUUAGAGAAUAGUAUAUAUAAACUGAAUUAAAGGGUGGAUACAUUCUAGAGCAGGGCUACCCAGAUCCAAAUCUCACCUCUGAGGAUGUUUGGUUUGGCCUAGCAUAAAGUUACCCUACCCCUGACUCCCCCCAGCUAAUGAGAGAACAAACAUAUUUUUAUACAGCAAAUAACUUUUUUUCAUUAACAUUUUUGGAUUGUUUUCAUUACAGAACUCAGUGUAAUGUUCUAAAACACAUUUCAAUAACUCGUUUAGGACCCUACUUGGCUUCGUUUGCAAAAGUUUGAACACAUCCGCUCAAAUUCCAUAUUUUACACAGGCCAAAUGUAAACAUGGCACUUUUCUGCUAAUUUUAUUGCACAGUUUCUGUUUCUUCUCAUUUACUGAGAUUAACAUGUAUAUACCAUAACCUUUUCACAGGCCACAGUUUCCCUCCAAUGUGUUAAAUUCAGUAAAUAGUAUUUUAAAAGUAUAUUCAGUUAUUGUGCAUUAAAGUGUGCAGCAGUAUGUCUCAGUAGAGGAUGUGUAACUUAUUUACAUUCAGAAAAUUAAUAAUAACAUGGAAUCUGACCCAAAACGUUUGCAUACGACUGUAUAUAUGACUGUCUUGGCCCUUGUCCCACCACAAAUAUUGCAUUUUGGAUACAGAGACAAAAAUUUGGGCACCCCUGCUUUAGAGUUCAGUGUGUUCUGUUGAAUUCAGGGUUUGAAAUAAGAUGGUCUGUAAAAUGACAAGUAGCUGUAUUACAGAAACAUCCUAACUCUGAAAUUUUAUUCGUGACGGUUAGAGUUAGGGACAGUAUUAGAGAACAGCAGUUCCAAUCUAAUCUCCAGAUAGGAUUGUUUGUCAUAUUUUAGUUUCGUCUCGCUAACUAAUGUACAUUUUUGUCUGUUAUUAUGAUGGCAUGUUUACAUUUCAGCUUUGCGUGUUUUGUUAGUUGCUAGGAAACAGGCAGUUAAAACAGCACUAUGUACGUUGUUUUGUUAAGACUGAAGGCAGUAUCAUUGCUGAGUGAGGUGAAUAAAAACACACUAAAAUAUGAUGAGCGUGCGCUGCUGUGAGUCACCCCCUAAAACAUUAAAUAAUCAUUUAAAAGUCAGAGGUGUCAAGUUUUUCACGCCACGCCGUACGUCUUUACAUAUUAACACCACACACAGACUCAAAAAGCAGGUCCGGCUUGAUGCUUAACAUUAUAACUCAAUCAACAUUAUACUGAUGAAAAUACGAUGACUGUAGUAGAUAAUUCACUCACAUCCUCAGAAGAUGCGUUCGUCACCAAGUUUAGACUGAGUUCUCUUUGAAUUCUCUUUCAGCUCUUGCAGAAGUCAGAGUCAUCUGAAGCACAACCCAUUAAACAUUUCCAUCAGAGAGGCCUCCAAAUCGUCAAAUGUUACAUAGUGCUGCUUUAAUUAUCAAUCUCAGUUGAGUAUGAAUAACUCGAGAUAAGACCCUAAAUUAAGAUAACGUUUGUUUCUAUAAUAUGAUUUUGUGACAUAUAUUAUCUCAAUCUUUCCAGAUUUUGAUUUAGGACUAAAAAUGGGAAGUUUCUGUAAUAUAACAGAUUCAAUCCUGUGGGCUGAGCUAAUGUGUCUAGAAAACCGGCCCUGCUUUCUCCAAAACUCAGAUCAUGACAGAAGGUGCUCACUUUGCUGUAAAAACACACAAGCACAAAAACCUUCAUCAACUGAAUUCUUCACCACUUUCAGCAGCUCUUUAUUCUUCUUAAGUCCUGCAGAGACGUUCGGCACACCAGACUGCACUGCAGGACUGGAGGUAGCACUUCCUCUGAGCCAGUUGCUAUAAAACUGUCGCAAUGAUCUAACAGCCGUGUGAGUUGGAGCCUGACCGAUAAUAUCAGUCGGCCGAUAAUAUUGGCCGAUAUUGAAGCCUGUGGUUUAUUCGGUAUCCGCAAGAACAUUGCACUGAUAACAUACUCAUAAUGCUGAUAAUUACUGACUUUUUUUGCUAUUAAAAACAAUAAAAUGUA